UUAAACUCGUUCGCUCUUUCAACUCUCUCUCUCUCUCUCUCUCUCUCUAAUAACUCACAGAAAUUUCCAAUUUUCCACUGUUAUAGAUCGAACCCACCAAUUCUCUCAAGCAAGCAACUUACUUCAAACCCCACUUUCCCGCAUUUUCUCUCCAACUUUCCCUUCCAUUUUCUCGGGAAAAAAAAGAAGCAGAUUCAAAGUGAGACCUGCAGCGUGCACACCAAAAUGUGUCAGCUUUUUCUUUUCCAUGUGAAUGUGAGUAGCGCCUGAAAAAAACGACGCAGUUUCAGAACGAACGAGGCUCUCGUUUUUCCCACAAUGCGCAAUGGAAUCUUAGCCUUUCGAGGCUCUUCUUCGAUUAUAGCUCAUUUUGAAUAUGCAUUAUACAGCCUUUUUUAAGGUUCUAUGUUUGUAUAAAAACCCUAGCUUUGGUAAAAAAAGCUGAACCCAUUUCCCUGAUUUUGAUGAAGUGCAUGAUUCUGUUUGUGAAAUCCUAAGUGGGUCUUGUUUUUUCUAGGGUUUUGGGCUGAUUUGAAAUCUGGGUUUCAGAAAAAAAAAAGUGUGGGUUUUGGUGGUUUCAGGUUUGUGGGUUUGAGGUUUUAGCACUUUAGUUCAGUCAUUUUGAGUGAAGCCUACUGUGAGUUUGUGAAAUUUGAGGGUGAAAAUUUGAGAUCUGGGGUGAGAGCUUGAGGUGCAAAGUCAAUGGAUGUGUCUAGUGGAAGUGAAAAUUUUUGUAUGAGAACUUGUUCCUAGGGGUUUCUGAAGUGAUUUGAGCAUCAAAAUGGGGGUGUCAGCGGAUUUUGUUGGUGGGUUUUGGAUGAUUUUGAAGGAUGGUUUGGUAAUCUUGUGGAUUUGAACAAACCCACAAGUUUGUGCAAUUGGGAAAUUUGGGUGAUCUUGAGGUCAAAAAGUUGGGAUCUUUAGAUUAAACCAAAGGGGGUUUUGUCAAUGUCAGGAGCUCCAAGAGUGAGGUCUAUGAAUGUGGCUGAUUCAGAGGCUAGGCCGGUGCUUGGUCCGGCUGGGAACAAGGCGGGGUCAUUGAGUGCACGAAAACCUGGUUCGAAGCCAUUGAGAAAGGUUGAGAAAUCAACCGAGGAUGCUACAUUGGCUGAAGAUAAGAAAGCCCGGAAACUGUCUUCGGUUACAACUUCCUCUCCUCAGUUGCAUUCUGUCAAUGUGCCUUCUGUGCUUCGAAGACACGAACAGUUGUUGCAUUCCAAUUUGUCUUUAAAUGCUUCGUGUUCAUCUGAUGCCUCUACGGAUUCAUUUCAUAGUCGGGCAUCUACUGGCAGGUUGACUCGGUCAAAUAGUAUGGGUACUAGGCGGAAGCCGUAUGCUUCAAAGCCAAGAAGCGUUGCUUCUGAUAGUGGUUUGGAGUCUCCACCUGAUGGUCUGCAAACCAAGAAGAGGUGUGCGUGGGUGACACCAAAUACUGAUCCAAGUUACGCUGCUUUCCAUGAUGAAGAAUGGGGAGUUCCAGUUCAUGAUGACAAGAAAUUGUUUGAGCUGCUUGUUCUUUCUAGUGCUUUGGCUGAACUUCCAUGGCCUACCAUUUUAAGCAAAAGGCAUAUCUUUAGGGAAGUAUUUACUGACUUCGAUCCAGUCACUGUCUCAAAAUUGAAUGAAAAGAAAAUAUUAGCACCAGGAAGCACUGCAGUCUCCCUUUUAUCAGAACUGAAGCUACGUUCUAUCAUUGAGAAUGCACGUCAAAUAUCUAAGGUCAUAGAUGAGUUUGGGUCAUUUGACAAGUACAUUUGGAGCUUUGUGAACCACAAACCUAUAGUUAGCAGAUUCCGAUAUCCUCGCCUAGUUCCGGCGAAAACUCCAAAAGCAGAUGUGAUAAGCAAAGACCUGGUGAGACGGGGAUUCCGAUGUGUGAGCCCCACUGUCAUCUACUCAUUCAUGCAGGUAGCAGGAUUAACAAAUGACCAUCUCAUAGGUUGCUUCAGAUUCCAGGAGUGUAUAGCUGCAGCAGAAGGGAAGGAAGAGAAUGGCAUCAAGGAUAAGACUGAAGAGACAAACCCCGAUAAUGUGAUGGAAUCAGAACUAUCGAUCGCUAUUGAAGAAAUGAAUUUCUCUUCAGAAUGAUGAAAACCAAUGAUCUCAGGUGGUGGCAGGUGGAGCUCCAGGCUCAAUCAUCACCUUGUUGACAUAUUCACAGCCACUCUUACACUGGGUAGUAAUGGAAUUGAUGUUGUGUAUAAAAAUUUCAUAAAUUUGUAGUCAUCAUGGAUUCCUAGAUUGUAGAUUACUAAAAGUGAAUUAAUUCAA